CUGUGCAAUCCAGGAAGGGAGGGUAUGUGAAAAGAGUCAGCUACCGGGAACUGUGUGAAACCAAACCAGCCUCAUUUGACAAAGCACAGGACCCCUUGCUGCCCCAAGACUGCUUCCUGGUCGCUCUUUCUUGAGCUCAGAGGACCCAGGAGUCCAGGUGCACAGCCUCCAGGUGUACAGCUUCCUCCUCUCUGAGAUUCCAGUCCGAUCAGCAGCCUCUUCCUCCCUCAGGACCCAGAAGCCCCGAGCUUACCCCCAUGGAGCCCUUCCGGUCCCUAGCCCUGCUUACGGGCUCCCUGGGCCUGAUUUUCUGCCUGAUUGCUUUGAGCACCGACUUCUGGUUUGUGGCUGAGGGUCCCACCUUCUCAGCUCACUCGGGCCUCUGGCCAAAUGAGCAUGGGGACCCCGUAGCAGGCUACAUCCACGUGACGCAGAGCUUCAGCAUCCUGGCUGCCCUGUGGGCCCUGGUGUCUGUGAGCUUCCUGGUCCUGUCCUGCAUCCCCUCAUUGUCUGCUCCUGGCCGAGGCCCCCUUAUCUCAACCAUCACAGCCUUUGCUGCAGCCCUCUCCAUGCUGGUGGCCAUGGCGGUGUAUACCAGCGAGCGGUGGGAUCAGCCUCGAAACCCCCAGGUCCAGACCUUCUUCUCCUGGUCCUUCUACCUGGGCUGGGUCUCAGCUAUCUUCUUGCUCUGCACAGGUUCCCUGAGUCUAAGUGCUCACUGUGGCAGCCCCAGGCCUGGCUAUGAAACCUUGUGAGUGGAAGGCCAGAACAGCAAGACGAGUUUUGAUUGCUGUAUUCCAAAGGCCUCAUCUGGAGCCUCGGAAAGUCUGGUCCCACAUCGGUCCCGCCCUUCCCCAGCCAUUUCUCCUGUUUCUUCAUUCAUUCAACAAAAUUUGGCUGGAAUCUGGCUAUUUGAGAUUAAUUCUGCCAAGACAUAAGCCAACCGUCUGCCAGCUCCAUGGUGGGUGAUGCCAGGCACCCAGGGAAGGUGAGGGCCCACCAGGCCGACCACCUGCAGGGCGCUCCUGCCCAGCAAGAGGGCCUGACCUGUGUCUGUCUCUCCCCUUCUCCAGUGCUUUUCUUUCUCCUGGUGUCUUUCUCCCUUUAGCCGGCUCUCUUUCCUUCUCUCUCCCUCUCUGAUUUCAUCCCCCUUGCCAGAACUCGGUCCUUCCUUGCACUCAGUCUCUCUCAGUUCUCUUUGCAUAUUUCCCCAUGCUGGGGACACAGGCACGGGCCAGACUCAGACCCUGCCCACCACGGGCUCAGUCUGUGAGGCAGUGGGGAGAAGGCACUUACAGACCAGAAGCAGCUAAUACAGGUCAGACAGCAGGCCCAGUGCAGGCAGGACACUGGAACAAGACUGACCAUAUUGUGGAGGGAUGGAGAUGACUUCUCUGGAGAGAGAAUGUUUAGGGGCUUCUUAAGGGCCAAGUAAAGGAAAUAUCCAGGCAGAGGGAACCAAAGAUGGAUGCACAGAAAGGUCAAGAAUCUUGUGGGGAUGAAGAAUGGUAAUUUAUGGCCAGGACAUAGAAUGUAGCGGGCAGGGGAUGGAAAAGGAAGAGGGAGAGGCAGGUGGGGGCUGUGUCCUCUAAUGUCACACUGGACUGUCUCCUGAGUGUGAUGGGGAGUUCAGAGAAAACUGGGCAGGCGAGAGACAGUGUCAGCUCUGGGUGCCAGAAAGACCCCCUUGUAGACAUGGAGGGGAGGCCAGAAGGUCAGGGAGGAACCUGGCAAUGUAGUAGGUGAGACAGGACAAGGCCUGACCUGGAACCAGGAAAGGAGGGAAUGAGCCAGAUAGAUUCAAGGACAGGAGGAGCAGGACUUGGGGACCCAAGACUUUUCAGGGUGAGAGGCAAGAAGAGGGCAAGGACAGUGCCCAAGGGUCUGGCUCAAUGAACUGGAUGGGACGGCAGGGCCAUCCCUCAUAUGGUGGAAGACACUAAGCUCAAUUGGGAUAUGGUGGACUAUUAAGGCCCUGAGGGGCAGCCAGGAGCAGAACUUGAGUCUGGGGCUCAUGGGAGAGACCUUGGGUUGGGGAUGGAGUUUGGGAGGCUGUGACAGCAUUAAGCGGCACUGAAGCUGGUGGUGAGGAGGCUUUCCUGGCAAGGGAGUUCAGGGUGGAGCUUCAAGGGAUACCCAGAUUUACAAGUGAAGGGGAGAAGGCAGAGGAACAGAAGUCUGUAAGACAGCUGGGGACCUGGAGAGCUUCUGGGGUGCCUGGAAUGUCAAGUUUCUUUCUUUUUUUUGUUUUUUGUUGGAGUUCAGUGGUGUGAUCUCAGCUCACUGCAACCUCCAUCUCCUGGAUUCAAGCAAUUCUCCUGACUCAGCCUGCCGAGUAGCUGAGAUUACAGGCAUGUGCCACCAUGCUGGCUAAUUUUAUUUUGUUUUGGCAUUUUUGAGAUGGAGUCUUGCUCCGUCACCCAGGCUGGAAUACAAUGGCGUAAUCUCACCUCACUGCAACCUCCAUCUCCUGGGUUCAAGUGAUUCUCUUGCCUCGGCUUCCCAAGUAGCUGGGAUUACAGGUAACUGCCAUCAUGCCUGGCUAACCUGACUAAUUUUUGUAUUUUUUUUUUCUUUUUUUUUGAAACAGUUUCACUCUUGUUGCCCAGGGUGGAGUGCAAUGGCAUGAUCUUGGCUCGCUGCAACCUCUGCCUCCCAGGUUCAAGCAAUUCUCCUGCCUCAGCCUCCCAAGUAGCUGGGAUUGUAGGCAUAUACUACCAUGCCUGGCUAAUUUUGUAAUUUUAGUAGAGACAGGGUUUCACCAUGUUGGUCAGGCUGGUCUUGAACUCCCGACCUCAGGUGAUCUGUCUACCUUUUCCUCCCAAAGUGCUGGGAUUACAGGCGUGAGCCACAGUGCCUGGCUAAUUUUUGUGUUUUUAGUAGAGACAGGAUUUUGCCAUGUUAGUCAGGCUUGUCUCAAACUCCUGACCUCAGGUGAUUCGCCCGCCUCAGUCUCCCAAAGUGCUGGGAUUACAGGCGUGAGCCACAGUGCCUGGCUAAUUUUUGUGUUUUUAGUAGAGACAGGAUUUUGCCAUGUUAGUCAGGCUUGUCUCAAACUCCUGACCUCAGGUGAUUCGCCCGCCUCAGUCUCCCAAAGUGCUGGGAUUACCGACGUGAGCCGCAGUGUGCCUGACCAAGGGAAGAGAAGUUUCAAACCCAUAAUGUCAGCAUUUUGGGAGGCUGAGGUAGAAGGAUUUGAGCCCAGGAGUUUGAGACCAGCUUUAAAGACGAAGUUUCACUGUUGUUACCCAGACUGGAGUGCAAUGGCAUGAUCUCGGCUCACUGCAACCUCCGCCUCCUGGAUUUAAGCAAUUCUCCUGCCUCAGCCUCCCAAGUAGCUGGGACUACAGGCAUGCACCACCAUGCCCAGCUAAUUUUUGUAUUUUUAGUAGAGAUGGGGGUUUCACCUUGUUGACCAAGAUGGUCUCGAUCUCUUGACCUCGUGAUCCACCCGCCUCGGCCUGCUGGGAUUAUAGGCGUGAGCCACCGUGCCCGGCAAACAAAAAAUCUUAAAAUUAGCCAGGUGUGGUGGCACAUGCCUGUAGUCCCAGUUACUCAUGAGGCUGAGGCAGGAGGAUUCCUUGAACCCAGGAGUUCAAAGCUGCAGUGAGCUGUAAUGAUGCCACUGUACUCCAGCUGGGAGAGAGAGACACUCUCUCUAAAAAAAAUAAUAAAAGAAAGACUCGGCCUACCAUGUAAGGGCCCUCAAGCUGCCCCCCGAGCUGCUGUCUGAUUCUAAGCUGUCACUCAGUUCAGAGUUGCUGGGAUGUAUGUGUACUGAUGGUGGGGGAGUGAUUAUCCCUUUAAACAAUCACUGGGGGAGGGAGUUCUGGAACCCCCUGCCUCACAGAGACCCAGCCUCCCUCCCCCCAUCUUUCUGGGCUCUGUUUGUCUAAGGAGCCCUGGGUGUGAGUCACUUAGCCACGCUGGCCGUGAUAGCGGCGUGCAUGGUGCUGGCGGCGUGCUUCGGCGUGGUGGGCAUGGUGUUGGGACUAUGGAUUCGGUGCCACGAGGGCGAGUCGCGGCGGGGCCAGACCACGAUCGCCAUCCUCUUCCUCGGCGGACUGCUGCUGCUGACUGCCUUGAUAGGCUACACGGUGAACAACGCGUGGAAGAACAACGUCGUCUUCUCCUGGUCCUAUUUUUCUGGGUGGCUGGCCUUACCCUUCUCAAUUCUCGCGGGUAACCUGGACAGAGGGAAAGGGUGGAGACUACCCAGAAGGCUCCCCAGCUGCCUUGCAGGAAACCCCGGGGACCUCUCAGGGACUCCCCAACACACUCCCGACUCCCACAGACCCGGCAGAGACCCCCCUUGGAGCCCCAAAACCCCAGUCCCCGGGGCCUGCCUGGCCAUCCGCCCCAGGGCCCACCUUCCUCUUCCCGCCCCGCGCUCCCGUCCCCCCAGGCGUCUGCUUUCUACUGGCAGACAUCAUCAUGCAGAGCACCGACGCCAUCAGUGGAUUCCCCGUGUGUCUGUGACCGCAGCCUGUCUGGGGCAGAAUAAAGGAACGGCUUUUUUUGUUUUUUA